AUGAAUUGGGCUCACGAUGUCACCACGAUACGAGAACGGUGCAUGCUAUCCUUCAUCGACAGCAUAUCAGACAAGCCGGAAUGGACACGCAAAGUACACGACGAAGAGAUUGUCUCUAAAUGGAGGCAGGAGACGAAGGAGCUUGACUGGGCUGGGGUCGUACAAGGUGGUGAUUUUUCAGACGAGAUGUUUGCAUAUUGCAUCGAGGAACUACGCUAUAAAGCUGACAUGUACGAAAAGACUGGCGUUAUGCCCGUGUUUGACGCUUCGUCUUGUGUUCUCAAGUCCGAUGUUGCCAUUCCUCUUGAUCUGAAAGAAGCAUUACGCAAGGCAGCUGCACCGCUCGAGAACGUUCCUGAACCCCAGAAAGACUGGCACCCGGGAUCGAACGGUACGGUACUUGACUUAGUGCACCCUUCGCUCUUUCCACUCGUGUACGGACGUUCGCGUAUUUUACCGGAUUCAACAAUAACCGUCAACAACAGUCUCUCCAAUAUAGGCAAAGAUGGUAAAACCGACGAUUCAGGUCCGAUUACAAGGACGCAGGGACAUAAUCACCCAGCCUUUACGCCGCUCUGGUCACAUCGUUUCCAGUGGCUUCCAUGCAACAUCUCCUUUCCAGAUGGACAGAACGCACGAAUAGAUUCGUACAUUAACAAUCUGCACCCUCAGGACCACAAAGACCUGUACCGUGUCAUCGAGAGAAUAGUCACCAAAGCUGUUCCCUUCUGGAAUGUCGUGUACCAGAGCGUGCACAACCACGGAAUGCUGGCAACUAGUCUCCGCAUCAAUUGCGAUGAAGUCAGCUAUAAAUUCCCUGACGGCUACAAUGAACAAGAGCCCGAGGGCUUUGACGAAAAUGAGUCGCCCAUAGACAAGAAACUGCAGGUCAUCGUUAAACUAGCCAACGUUCACUUGACCCCAGAGAAGCCAGAUUACGAAGGCGGCGCCUGGCACAUCGAAAGCCAGCUGAACGAACACAUCGUUGCGACCGCGCUAUACUACUACGACAACGACAAUGUCACCGAUUCGAGACUGCAUUUCCGAACUAAGGUCGAAGCAAAUCACUUUACCGACGACAUUGAGUACGAGCAGAGCGACGAUAUUGGCUUCAGAACAAUUUGGGGCAUCGACAAUGACGGGCAGGGUGAACAAGUACUCGGCAGUGUGUUGACGCGUGAAGACCGCUUAAUUGCGUUCCCGAACGGAUUUCAGCACCGUCUUGGGAACUUCAAGCUCGUCGAUCCUACGAAGCCGGGGCAUCGAAAGAUUCUGGCGCUGUUCUUGGUUGCGCCCACGAUCCCGAUCAUCUCAACAGCGAAUAUCCCACCACAGCAGCGCGAUUGGUGGGUACGAGAAGUCAAGCUGAACGAGAGUCGCGUUGGUCAGCUGCCUGCGGAGCUGGUCGACAUGAUCGCCGAAGCUGUGGAAGAUUUUCCUAUUGGCUUGGAUGACGCGAAGGCUAUUCGUGAGGAGCUCAUGGCUGAGCGGGGGAGGAUGAAUGAGGCUAUCGAAUUUGAGAUGUUCAAGGAUGAAAGGUUCAGCUUUUGUGAACACUGA